GACAGCAUCGCUAGAAUUGGUUUCUUCCAUCUUGAAUUCCGCAUCAUUCCACAUGGAUGUGUAGACGUGCGAUUCUAGGCGAGCGUCAUUGACAAUUAGCGCUUUAUUUCGUUUAUUUCAUUGUGACUUGUAUCUGCUUGCUGCGAACGUAAAAAAAACGCAUUUGUGUACAUUUUCUGGCUCUAGUAGUGUUUCAUUUAUUGUAAAAAUAAGAUGACUGACAAGUCUUUAACGGAGAUGCCAGUUGCACAAUCCGAGGUAAAGUCCAGCUGGGCUGAUGAAGUCGAGGAAGAGGGAGGAGCAUUGCCUGCACCAUCAGAAGUCUACGAGAAUGGUUUCAAAAUCCUCACUGAAUAUAAAUACAAUCAAGACAACAAGAAAGUCAAAGUCGUGCGUACUUAUAAAAUAGAACGACGUAUAGUAUCGAAAACGAUCGCAGCACGCAAAAAUUGGGCAAAGUUUGGCGAUUCCGUUGACGACAGGCCGGGACCUAACCCAGCCACCACUGUCAUCGGUGAAGAUGUCUUCAUGCAGUUUAUAUCUAGCAAAGAGGAAGAAAACAAGGUAGAAGAAGAUUCUCUGGACAAAUUGAAGAGCAUGGGCGAUAAGGGUGUUGUCAAGUGUCGUAACUGUAAUGGUGAUCAUUGGACUUCCAAAUGUCCCUACAAAGAUACUGUUCUUGCUGGUGGAAAAGUACCAGAUGACAAGAAACCUCUCGUUAAUACAGGGGUACCCGGUGCAAUGGCCGAGCUUAAACCACAGGGUGGCAAGUAUGUGCCGCCCGGCAUGCGCGACGGCGGUAACAAACGCGGUGAUUCGAUGCAAAUGCAGAGGCGCGACGAUACGACCGCCAUCCGUAUUUCCAAUUUGUCGCAGAGCACAACGGAUGCCGAUCUGGACGAGCUGGUGAAGCCUUUCGGUUCUGUAGUGAAACAGUUCCUUGCCAAAGAAAAGCUAUCUAAUCUCUGCAAGGGCUUUGCAUACGUACAUUUCAAACAUAGGGCCGAUGCCGGGAGAGCUAUCGCUACUUUGGAUGGUUAUGGUUAUGAUCAUCUUAUCCUGAAAGUAGAAUGGUCAAAACCGCAAGCUCAAAAUAACUAAAUAAUAAAUUAAACAAUUCAAAUUG